UUUUCAAGACCAGUACAGUGUUGAUUAUACACGAUAACCUUGGGCUCUCUACUAUACAUUUGGACAUGACCGAGUGGCGUUGACUAGAAUUAGAGUAAAGAAUGUUGUCCCAGGUGCUGUCUAAACUACUAAAUGACGUGGGGUGGCUUCCCACUGUCUUUGUUGGUUUGUUGACUUUCGUUAUCAUAAGACACUUCAUGAAGAGAAUGAAGUAUCCACCAGGACCUUUCCCGUUACCCAUUGUGGGCAAUUUGUUGGCAUUCAGGGAUAAUACCCCACAAUUUAUCAAAACUGCUGAGUGGCAGAAGAAGUAUGGUCCUGUGUUCACGAUGUGGAUGGGUGGUCGUCCUAUUGUCGUUGUUAACAACUGGGACGCCACACGUGAAGCUCUCAUUGUAAGGAGGAACGAAGUAAUCGGGAGAAAUAUAUCUAUACUUGGUAAUAUUUUCAGGCAGGAAUAUGAAGACAUCAUAUUUGCUGAUUAUUCUCCAGAAUGGGAAGUUUUGCGAAAGAUCGCGCACUCUGCUGUCAGGAAAUAUGCUGUAAGUGAAGAACUUGCUGAGCUUGUACAAGAUGUUGUAGACGCUAGCGUUCGUAAGAUGCUUAAGGAAAAAGAGCCUUUUGACCCUACCCUUUACAUCUACUUGUUGAUCUAUAACAUCGUAGCUUCCUCAGCGUUUGGGAAAAGAUAUGAAGAAACUGACCAGGAAUUUCUAAACUUGAAAGAACCAAGUGAAUUAUUCUUAUCAGAGUUCAGUAGCGGUAUUCCAGGGGAUCUCAUUCCAUUCCUGAGGAUUUUUACCAUCCAUAAAGAAUGGAAAAUUAAGAAAACCGUGGAUAAAUACUUUGCUGUUUUAAAAAGAGAAUUUAUGGAACACAAGGAUUCAUAUAAAUCAAGUAGGGUGUUGAAAAUCAUAAAAUUAUUAACUAUACAAAAACUAGUAUACAGGUUGUUUUGGUAG